AUGUUUACAGGUCAUGGCCUGCUUACUGCUUUCAAAUGUGAUCUGAAUUUGACCACAGAGGAAAAUAACUGGGCGACAUCAGCCUUUUUUAUUGCAUAUCUAACCUUCGCAAUUCCGAGCAGUUUAAUAUUGCGCUUGCUUGGUGCGACACGUUAUUUAUCACUAAGUUUAAUUUCAUGGGGCGCAAUUACGAUUGGCAUGGCUUUUGUAACAAAUGCUCGUCAACUGAUCGUUCUUCGAUUUCUUCUCGGCAUGGUUAUAGCUGGCUAUUUUCCAGGCAUCAUCACUUAUUUUUCCUUAUGGUAUCCAAAACGAGAACAAAUCAUGAGAAUUGCUAUAUUUUGUACUGCCACAUUCGGCUCGGGAGCACUCGUUGGCAUUCUGGCGUAUGCAAGCAGCAAAAUGAACGGCGUUGCCAAUUUGAAAAGUUGGCAAUGGCUCUUUUUGCUCCCAGGACUGCCUGUCAUCCCAGUAGGUAUUGUCACUUAUCUCGCUCUUGGCAAUAUACCUGAAACUGUCCAAUGUAAGACUAAAUAG